AUGGCGACGUUCGGAUUCUCCGUUGGGGACUUCGUUAGCGCUCUCAAUCUCACCCGGGAACUAAUCCGCGCUCUUAAAGACUCAGUGGGCUCUUCGACUGAUUAUCGCGACCUAAUCAGAGAGCUGCGCAGCCUAAAGCGAGUCUUGACGGAGGUAAAGCGGCUUGACUUGGACGAGAGUCUCAAGCGCCAGCGUGUAGCUGUUGAGCAGGCGGCCUCGCUAUGUCAGAACACAAUCACGGGCUUUCUACGGAAGAUACACAAGUUUGAGCCUUCGUUAGGGGAGAGUGGGUCGGCCGUAAGGCGUUCGAAAUGGCGAGUGUCGCUAAGAAAGAUGGAAUGGGCACUGUAUAAGAAAGAGGAGGUAGCGGCGUUCAGAGCGAGGAUCACAGGCCAUACGUCUGCCAUCAAUAUGCUUCUGUUAACAACUCAGCUAAUAGCGACUGAAGGGGCGACAAGGGAGCAAAAUGACGACCUUCGAGAUCUAAUGACUGAAGUCCUGAAGACCAACCUCCAAACCUACGAGCUGGUACUAAAAAUGCAGACAGCCAUACCACCGCAGGUCGAGCGGCAACAACCAGUCUAUUUUCUGGAUGCUUGUGGCCAGCUCGCUCCGUUCCAUCUUGAAUUCAUCUCCUCAACUGAGGCUUUUCUUGCGGUUUUGAAAGUAAAGUUUCGAGAUCGUGGAGCUCGUAAGAUCGAGAGGUCUGAGUUUGUUCUCGAGGAUACUAUCACUAAUCGGGAAAUCGACCUCAGGAGGCCGUGGGAUAUUUGUUUCAGACCUGGGCAGCGAGUGUCCAUGAGCAUGUGCUUCAACGACUUCAAUGCCAACAUUGAAUGCCCUGCAUGCCACACAUCGAUAUCUGCUCAAACAGAUCAAGCAAUAGAUUGGUGAGUACACUCUUCCCCGUUGUCAAAGAUUGAAGCUCACCGUGUAAUCCUCUUUGCGGCGUUCAUUUCCGCCGCGUAGAAAAUGCGGAUGGCCUUGAAGAUGAUGCCUAUGGAAGAGCCC